AUGCCGCGGAAACUAGCACCACUUUCCCGGGACAGCGACAGGAUGCUGAGAAGAGCGCCGGCCCUGGAUUACAAAGCCAAACUCGAGUCAGGAGUCGUGGGCGGCAGCGGCAGUACAAAGCGCGUGCUCGGGGCCAGUCCUGAGGAGCAGAAAGCUGCGGCGGGAGAGGGGAAACGGCUGCCGAAAACAAGCCAGAGGAGCGUUUCCCAAAGUGUAUUCUGCGGAAAUAGCACCUACUGUGUUCUCAACACCUUGCCACCUAUAGAAGAUGAUCAUGGGAACAGCGAUGGUAGUCAUGUAAAAAUCUUUUUACUGAAAAAACUGCUUGAAUGUCUGCCAAAAUGUUCAAGUUUACCCAAAGAGAGGCACCUUUGGAACACUAAUGAGAGAUCAUGA